GCUCCCGAUUGAGGUUUCACUCUGCGCAUGCCCAGGCGCAGAGCUCCUGUACAGUAAUGCAGUCAGAGGGCUUUAUAUGAUAUCGACAAGUAGUUGGGGAGGGUGGUGGUGCUAUAUGCAGUGAUAUUGGUGAGAAUCACUAUGAGUCCGACCUUAUCAGCACCACAGCCAAUCACAACGGCGGGAAAGCGGGUACAUCAGCCUGGAUCACGCGGCGGGGUAAACAAACGACAGCUCAAGGCUGAAGGCUGUUUAUUCCUGUUCUCAUUUUUUUCACCACCUCAAGUCGCUUCGUUUUGCAUUUCUCAUCUUCGCGAUCAUUGGUCUUCCUUCACCUCAAGAAACAAAUCUUGCAAAAAUGGGCCACAACUCCUGCCCCUCUUGCGGUGCUACCAUCGCUGGCGAAGUGAAGACCUGCGGCUCUUGCGGAAAGGUAUGGCAUACAUCUCGUCUGGUCUUUUGUUCAACCUCUUAUUCAUGCCACUAGACCUGCCCUGUCUGAAGUCGUCCUCCUGGCUUCGCGGGGUUGUUUUCAAAUCGCCUCGAGAUCGCAGAUCACAAUCUCAGUAUCAAGUCAGCGGCGAAUGGUCGAUGGUCUGGACAUAAUAUGGACUGGACAUAAUAUGAACUGAUAUGUAUGGAGCUGGCAUGGCACGAUGAAUGCAUGAAUGAAAUG